AUAUUUUCCUUAAACAGAAAACAGAGCGGGAAGAGAACGCGUCGCGUACACCUCACAUCUUCCCAUUUCCUUUCUCUACUUAAGCAUCCUCUUUCCUUCUCCAUUGCACACUCAACAAGCAACCAUUUCAUUCUCUUCUCCUCGAGAUCUGUGCUUCUUCUUCAUCCUUCUCUUCCUUCUUCUCUAAGUGUCGGCGUUUUGUUUACCAAAUGGAUUCUGAAUCGGAAACUUUCCAACUGGCUGAAGAAAUGGCUCCACCAAUUGAGACUCCAAACAAGGUUCAUAGCGCAACUUAUACCUCACCUCCACCUCUUAAUGAGAGGAUCCUUUCAUCCUUGACUAGGAGAUCUGUUGCUGCACACCCUUGGCAUGAUCUUGAAAUAGGCCCUGAAGCUCCCAAGAUCUUCAACUGUGUAAGCAUGCUGGACACCAACUUACAAGUGGUUGAAAUUGGGAAAGGGAACAAGGUGAAGUAUGAACUUGACAAAAAAACUGGACUCAUUAAGGUUGACCGUGUGCUUUACUCAUCAGUUGUGUAUCCUCACAACUAUGGGUUUGUCCCCCGUACUAUUUGUGAGGAUGGUGAUCCCAUUGAUGUCUUGGUCAUUAUGCAGGAGCCAGUUCUUCCAGGUUGCUUUCUUCGGGCCAAAGCUAUUGGACUCAUGCCUAUGAUUGAUCAGGGUGAGAAAGAUGACAAGAUAAUUGCUGUCUGUGCUGAUGAUCCCGAGUAUAGACAUUUCGAAGAUAUCAAGGAGCUCCCUCCUCAUCGUUUAGCUGAAAUCCGUCGUUUUUUUGAAGAUUACAAGAAGAACGAGAACAAGGAAGUUGCAGUAAACGACUUUCUUCCAGCCUCAGCUGCCUAUGAAGCGAUUGAGCAUUCCAUGACCUUGUAUGCUGACUAUGUUGUAGAGAGCUUGAGGCGGUAGCUUUGAUGCAUAUGGGAUUUUGUUUGGUGGUGAAAAUAUAUUUUGAAGGUUCUGCCAUGAUGACUGAAAAAGAUAUUUUGUAUUGUAUUACUGUCAUAUUCCUAUAGCAUGUACAUUUGUCUCACAAAGGACAAGUGACUACUACACAUGCAUAUCCUACACAUAUAUUUUGCUUGACUUUUAUUUUUAAAUGAUAUAUUCGUUUAUUAAUAUUCA